GUUUAGCAUUCUUGAAACAAUGCAUUGCAGAUGAUUUAGAUCCAAUAUGCUUCGAACAAACAUUUUAUGUAGGAGGCCUUUGGAAUUUUGUUGAAAUUGACGAUGAUGAAAAUAAGGAUCCGCAUUUAUCAAUUUAUAAAAUUCUUAUUACUAAUGUCUCUAAAGAAAUGCCAUCUUAUUUACAUAAUUCACUUCUCACAAAGUACUUUUAUUUUAUUUUUUUAUUUGUCUCUUCCGCAUCCUUUGUUCAUAUAUCCUAUCAUCCUGAUCAUUGUUGGAAAGUUAAAUAUAUUACUUGUGUAAAUAAAGAUCGAACUGAUGAAAAUCACAAUCAUGAACUUGAAGAAAUUGAUUUUGUUAUGGUUUGUAAUGAACAUCAUAGGAAACAUAG